CUCCAAUUCAUAAGAAGGAUGUUACCAUCGCUUCUACAUCUCUCUCCAAUUCGUCCGGAAGAGCCAGAGUCUGCCGAAGAUAUUUUCAAUGCUGGGCUUUCCCUCUUCCCUGGUGAUGUCACCGUUUCCCAUGGGGAUGCCGAUAUGGCGGUCAUAUAUCGAGGCACGAGCCAGGUUGCCAGGGAGAGAGGUGACCUGAAAUUUGAACUCGCAAGAGUAGAGCAAGAGCAUGAAAGGAUCAAGUUCGCACAUUAUUUAUGGAAUUCUAGCGUGCUCAUUGCAGAGCUCAUCGGCAGUAUUCCUGACUACAGAUCGGAGCCACAUCAGUGGGGUCUGGGAAGAUGGUGGAUCAGCGGAGAUGAUGCGGAUAGAUGGGAUGUAAAAGGGAAGACGGUUCUAGAAUUGGGAGCAGGAGCAGGACUUGCUGGUAUCGUUGGUGUUCUGGCUGGAGCAGAUACGGUCACGAUCUCCGAUUAUCCAUCGGAUACCCUCUUAAAAAACAUUCAAGCCAACGUUGAGAGGAAUAUCCCACCAUCCCUCCAGAGUCGUGUCUCGGUACAGCCACAUCUCUGGGGUGAUUUUACAACUCCAUUUGCUGAACGAUCUCGAGGGUUUGACCGUAUCAUCGCAGCCGAUUGUCUUUGGAUUCAUGCGUCGCAUAAAGCACUAGCUGAGUCCAUGGCAUACUUCCUAUCUGACCAUCCGAGCGCCAGUGUAUGUGUUGUUGCUGGCUUCCACACUGGUAGAAAGAUCGUGGCCUCCUUCUUCGACCUUGGAAGUUCGAGUAUUCUGAGACCAGUCGGCUUGGAUAUCGAUGAGAUAUAUGAACUUGAUGUUGAUGGCAAUCGGCGGCAUUGGGAUCCUGAACGAGAGGAGGACAUCACAGAGAGGAAGAGAUGGCUCGUCUUAGCAAGGCUGAGGCGAUUUCGCAUUCAAGAAGCAGACCUAUGA